AAAAUAUCGUGCAUUUUUUUUAUCUUUAUAGAGUCUCGUUAUCCUCCAACAUGAAACAGAAACUACCAUGAAAUGUUGCUUCCCGCUACUAACUUCCACACCUUCACUCCAUCAUCUCCAUUCUUCUCCUUCCCCUUUCAUUUCCCCAAUUCGAAAACCCUAACCCCAACCCCCGCCAAAUUCAUCGUUCGAAGCUCCGUUUCCAAAUCCCGAACCCUUCCCAAAUCCGCAAUCCAACGAAUCGCCGACAAACUCCACUCCCUCGGCAUCACCACCGAUCAAUCCACAUCCACAUCCACCUCCACUUCCACAAAUGCCGGUGAAAUCUUCGUUCCGUUGCCACACAACCUCCCGAAGCACCGCGUAGGGCAUACACUCGACCUCAGUUGGAGCACGCCGGAGAAUCCAGUCCCACUUCCUGGAAAAGGAAUUGAGAAAUUGAGCGAGAAUGAGGUGGAGAGACAGCGAUUGGAGAAGGAGAAGGCGAGGCAGGAGAAGAGAAGGAGAGUUCCUACGCUUGCGGAGCUGAGUCUGACUGAUGGGGAGAUUUUGAGAUUGACGAAGUUAGGGUUUGAGAUGAAGCAGAAGAUUAAAGUUGGGAAGGCUGGGGUGAAGGAAGGGAUUGUUAAUGGAAUUCAUGAACGGUGGAGGCGCUCUGAAGUUGUGAGGAUUAUUUGUGAGGAUCUUUGUAGAACUAAUAUGAAAAGGACUCAUGAUAUAUUAGAGAGAAAAACUGGAGGACUUGUUGUUUGGAGAUCUGGAAGUAAGAUAAUAUUGUACAGAGGGAUUGAUUAUAAGUAUCCUUACUUCCUAUCAGAUAAAGUUUUGAGAGAUGAUAACAGUGAUGAUGCUUUGCUACAUGUGGAUGGCGAUGAUAAAAAUUGUGAUGAAAGAGAGAGCCAUUUGUCUGAUAUGAAUUCAACCACACAUGAUGGGCAAAGUUCAAACUUCAAAACUAUUAAAUCAGCUUUGGUACAAGGAGUUGGGGCUCCCAAUAAAGUUAGAUUUCAAUUGCCAGGUGAAGCAGAGCUUUUGGAAGAAGUAGACAGCUUAUUAGAGGGACUCGGGCCUCGAUUUACUGAUUGGUGGGGGUUUGAUCCUGUGCCUGUUGAUGCUGAUCUUUUACCUGCUGUUAUUCCUGGAUUUAGGCACCCUUUUCGCCUACUUCCAUAUGGUGUGAAGUCUAAUCUAACAGAUGACGAAUUGACUUCAUUGAAGAGACUUGGCAGACCUUUACCAUGCCAUUUUGCAUUAGGUAGAAACAGGAAACUUCAAGGAGUGGCUGCUGCGAUUAUCAAACUCUGGGAAAGAUGUGAGAUUGUCAAGAUUGCAGUAAAAAGAGGUGUGCAGAAUACAAGCAAUAAGAUAAUGGCUGAAGAGCUUAAGUAUCUGACUGGAGGAACUCUCCUGUCUCGGAAUAAAGAAGUUAUUGUCAUUUAUAGAGGAAAGGACUUCUUGCCUGCUGCAGCUUCUUCAGCAAUUCAAGAGAGGAGGAAUGUUUUAAUAAAUAAAGUGAAAGCUGAAAACAACUCAUCAGUUACAUCCUCUUCACAUUCUGAAGGAAGGGAUAUGACACUCCCUAAAGAUAAAGAAAUCAUUGAAAAACGAAUAUUGGCGAAGGCUAACGAAGCUAUUAAAAGGACUACCAUCAAAUUGUCACAGGCAUUAGAGAGGAAAGAAAAGGCUGAAAAACUUCUAGAAAAAUUGGAAAGAGCUGUGAGUCCUCAAGAACAAGAAAUAGAUAAAGAGGGUAUUACUCAAGAAGAGAGAUACAUGUUGCGGAGAAUUGGCUUGAAGAUGCAGCCCUUCUUGUUGCUAGGAAGACGAGGGGUUUUUGAUGGAACAGUGGAAAAUAUGCAUCUUCAUUGGAAGUAUCGUGAACUUGUGAAGAUACUAUGUAAGCAUGGAAGCCUAGAAUAUGUCCACCAGACAGCUCAGACCUUGGAGGCAGAAAGUGGUGGAAUAUUAGUAGCAGUAGAGAGAGUCAGCAAGGGCUAUGCAAUCAUUGUUUAUCGUGGAAAGAAUUAUAGUAGGCCUGAUACUUUGAGGCCGCGGACACUUCUAAAUAAAAAACAAGCAUUGAAGCGUUCUAUAGAGGCACAACGCCAUCAGGCAUUGAAGCUUCAUGUUUUGAAGUUAGAUAAGAACAUAAAUGAAUUGAAACUUCAAAUGGCCAAAGAUGAGGCUAGCAGUAAAGAGAUAGCUGAAGAGUUGAGAUCUGACUUGGAGCAACACAUUGAGCUGAUUGAUGGUGGUGGAGCACGUCAUAACCAACAUGAAGCUAGUUCUAUUUCCACAAAUUACAAUUCUCCAAAAGAAGCUUCUGUUGACAAUCAACAACCUACACAAGAGCAACACAUUAGGCUGAUUGAUAGGGAUGGAGUGACUCAAGACAAACUUGAAGCUACUUCAAAUUCAACAAAUUGCAAUUCUCCAAAAGAAACUUCUGUUGACAAUCAACAACCUACACAGGAGCAGCACAUUGAGCUGAUUGAUAGUGGUGGAGCACAUCAAGACAAACAUGAAGCUAGUUCUAAUUCCAUAAAUUGCAAUUCUCCAAAAGAAGCUUCCGUUGACAAUCAACAACUUACGAAGGAGCAGCACAUUGAACUGAUUGAUAGUGAUGGAGUGCUUCAAGACAAACAUGAAGCUAGUUCAAAUUCCACAAAUUGCAAUUCUCCAAAAGAAGCUUCUGUUGACAAUCAACAACCUACACAGGAGCAGCACAUUAGGCUGAUUGAUAGUAGUGGAGCACACCAAGGUGAACCAGAUUUCGGGGGCCGUUUGGUUCAUCCAGAAAGACAGGUUGAUGAAACGAGUGAUUUUGUGGUUGAUACUGGGUAUGGUGUCUCUAAUAACAAAGCAAUGGAAGCAUUAAUUUCAUCAUCCAAAAGUGAUCCUGAACCAUCAGCUCCAGUGAUAAAUAAGAGUUCAAAUGAGUUUCCUUCUAGAUCUUCGUAUCUUUCCAACAGAGAGAGACUUCUUCUCCGAAAGCAGGCCUUAAGGAUGAAAAAUCGACUUGACAUUGCCAUAGGAAAGAGCAAUAUUGUAACUGGUCUUGCAAAAGCAAUCAGGGAUCACUUCCAGAGGAUCCCUUUUGUCAUAGUUAAUGUCAAAGGAAGGGCAAAAGGGACCUCAGUUCAUGAAUUGGUGUCCAAGCUAGAGCAAGCAACAGGUGGAGUUUUAGUCUCUCAGGAGCCUAGCAAAAUCAUACUUUACAGGGGUUGGGGGGCAGGAUCGAAUCCUGGUACUAAUUUAAAUAUAAAUGAUAGUAAAGAAGAAGGAGCAAAGCCGAGCGUGUCUCCUGAACUAUUGGAAGCUAUCAGAAUUGAAUGUGGAUUGCUGUAACAAACAGAACAUUGCAACUCUUUACUGAUCAAGUCCACAAACAAAUUGCCAUAAUUUUUUUUUCUUUAACACUGGUUGUGGCAGAAGGACUGUUACUGUAUGAUUUAUAGAAAGAUUAUGAAGUCAUUGAGAGGCCAAUUGUUGGUAGCAAAUGAUUGAUAUUAAAAACUGAGGGUGUCAAUGUCAUAAACGUUUGAUGAUAAUGGGAAGGAAAACACCAGAGAGGAACUGAAAAAGAAAUACUAUUGCAACCAGUAAGAAAUAGACAAGGGAGAGCUUAGUCUCGAAGUGAUUUUCGUGUCCUUAAAUGAACAUUUGUUUUCCCCUGGGAUUGAACAUAAAUGUUUCAUGUAAUAGAUCCCAGUUAUUCUCUCAUUCCCAUGCCAUGUGUCUUUUUUCUCUGCAAUGCCUUAUUCAGUUCGAAAAGUGAAUGAAGUUGAAUGGGUAUUGAUUUGGUGGGGUAUUAAAAUAGGAAAAUAUGUAAAUAUAGCACAGGUAAAAACGAGGAUGGUAAAAGAAGAAGAAUCACAAACUGAACGUGGAACUAAACAAGUGAUUUGUAUUCCACUGUUUACAGUUAUCAUUCAUUCUUGUUGUUCAGUUGUCUAGUCAUUUCUGGAACUUUUCUCAUUAAGUUGCAAUACUUUUAUAGACCAAGAACAAAUUUAGUGGUA